GACAGAAUCAGUCACAAUCAGUCACAAUCGCUCACAAUCAGUCACAAUCCUUAUACAAUCAUUCACAAUCGUACACAAUCACUCACAAUCGUACACAAUCGCUCACAAUCUUAGCAAAUUUCCUUAGAGAUUGUGGAAUUUGGCAGUCGGUGUCCACAUUUUGGGUCAGCUAUUCACCCCUCGGGUACGAUAAAGUGUACGUUACCGAACGCUCAUAAGUAAAAGUAAUAUAAUGUUCAAACUUUCACACAUUCAUCUAUGGAAACUGAAAAUUUUCGAGGGGUUUUUCACCUUGUUAAUUGGUGUACAAAUCACUGGUUAAUAUAAUAUGUCAGUACCAGGUAAAUACUUGGAAUGUCAAUAGUGUCAAUACUAUGCAAUACCUACUUGUUAAUUAUUCUAUCAAUAGCAUAUGGCAAUACCUAGUAAUAUGUGAUAAUACUAGCACUAGGGAAAUACCUGACAAUAUGUGGAAAUAUUUUGUUAAUACAUAGAAAUAGUUGGCAAUAACUUAUUAUUAGGUACAUAGAAAUAUCUGUUAAUAAUACAUGGAAAUAUCUCAGUUAGUACUGUUAAUUGGUGUACAAAUUUUGUAAGGUGGAAAACCAAUGGAAAAACCCCUCAGAAAUGCUCCACCAAAUUGUAAUAAAAAAAUUAAGAAAAGUUAGAUAGAACUUUGGACUCGCUGUUGUCAAGUGUUUUUAUCUAAAAAUCCCUAGAGCGUUAUUGAAUGGAGCAGAUGAAUGAAAGUUCCUACCCAAAAUCAACCAAAACGAAUAAUAUUUGCACGAUCUGACAACGUCGCUCAAUAGAGUAGUAAAGGCUCAUGGUAGUAUGGGGGCAUAGGUGAACAAUUUUAAUAUAGACUGUGGAUUAAUAAGUAGAAGUUUUUUUUUUUGCACUACGUGAUCCAAUGAAGAACUCUUUUCUGUUUGUAGUAGCUCUCAGAAGAAAAACAAAAUUCUUUCUAUUCGAAGCUCAGAAAUAUCGUAUCGUAUAAGAGAUUAUCGUAUCGAUUCACAGUUUUCGAUACCCAUGAAUAUCGAUAAGCCUUCCUCUCCUCUACAUUGACAACCAUAACCUAAUUUUUUUUCAAACUCGUGUUUUCUCAUUUAUGCCUAGUAGGCCUAUGUGAUUAUUUUUAAUUUUCUCAAAAAUGGCUAAAAACAGAUCUAAAAAGCAAUCGAAGCGACAACCCGCCGCUCAACGAUACAAGAUCGAGAAAAAAGUCAGAGACCACAACAAGAAAGCGAGGCGAGAAGCGAAGAAAAAUCCCAAAAACAAGGGCAGGCCGAAAGUGAUUCAAGUUCCUAAUAUUUGCCCCUUUAAGGGUGAUAUUUUGAAAGAAGUUGAAUUGUUGAGAAAGCAAAAAGAGGAUGAAAAGCAAAAGUUGCGAGAGUUGGCGAAAGUUGAGAGGCAAAAGACAAAGGAAAAUCAAAAGGCUGGAGGCCUAGAGUCAUUGAUAGCAAAUGCUCAAGUAAGGGGAAAACUACAUGAAACUCUAACUCCAGAAACCACCGAUGUUAAAGAUUACGAUAGAAGCACUGAACAGUCACUUAAACAAUACUACAAAGAAUUCAGAAAAGUUAUUGAAGCAGCCGAUGUUGUUUUAGAGGUUGUCGAUGCCCGAGAUCCAUUAGGCACCAGAUGUAAGCAAGUAGAAGAAGCAGUCAACAAACUGCACGGCACCAAAAGGCUAGUUUUGGUACUAAAUAAAGCUGAUUUGGUGCCAAGAGAUGUUUUAGAGAGUUGGCUGAAAUAUCUGAAAAAACGCGGCCCAGUAGUAGCCUUCAAAGCUUCAGUGCAGAAUCAAAGUAAAAAUUUGGGACAGAGAAAGUUUAAUAAGUCUGAUAAGGGCCUGCAAGGAUCCGCGUCCAUAGGCGCUGAAUUAGUCAUGUCACUAUUAGCCAAUUAUUGUAGAAAUAAGGGCAUUAAAACGUCUAUAACUGUAGGAGUUGUAGGUUUACCUAAUGUAGGUAAAAGUUCAGUUAUAAACAGUUUAAAAAGGGCUAGAGUGUGCAAUGUUGGAGCUACACCAGGAGUAACAAGGACCGCCCAAGUAGUCCAACUAGAUUCAAAAAUUAAACUACUCGACUCUCCUGGUAUAGUAUUUGCUGCAGGGAAUGAUAGCCAUUCAUCAUUGAGGAAUGCUGUUAAAGUUUCUGCACUUGCUGAUCCAAUUACACCUGCAAAUGCUAUUUUGCAAAGGGUUUCUAAACAGCGAAUGAUGGAAUUGUAUGAUGUUACCGAGUUUAGUUCACCAGAGGAGUUUUAUAGUUUAAAAGCUGCUAGAACUGGUAGAUUCAAGAAGGGUGGUAUUCCAGAUUCGCUGGCAGCAGCUAAAGGUCUUUUAGAAGAUUGGAAUAGUGGAAAAAUUCCAUAUUAUACAGUACCUCCAGAAGAAGAUUUAGAUCAAAGUUCUUACAAAAUUGUAUCGGAAAUAGGCAAAGAGUUUGAUAUUGAUAGUAUCGAAAAAAUGGAAACAGAUAUUUUGGACAAAAUAAAACAAGAUUCAGAUAAUAAAUCCAAAUCUUUUGUGUUGGAUAGUUUGGGUCCUGUAGAUGCUGAAGAGGAAAUGGAGCAGGACAUUGAAAAUAAUGAACUUCUUGGUGAAAAUGUUAAUAUAGCAAACAAAAAGACCGAAAAGAAAAAACAAACACUAAGAACGUCUAGAUUGAAGAAAGCAAACCCAGAAAUGGAGUUAGAAGGGAAUCUACAAUUGAACCAAUUGAAAAAGAAGCAAUUUAAAAAAGAGAAAAAGGAGAGGAACAGAAGGGACAAAGUAGCCAUGCAGCUUUCGGCAGGAUUAGAAAACUUUAAUCUGAAGAGUGACAAUUUAAAGGAGGGCAACGAGGAUUAUGAUUUUGAUGCUCACUUUACUGAGAGCUAAAUUAAGUUAUUUAUUUGAACGAAUUGUAUAUGAAUUGUUUCAAUUGGUUUUAGAGAAUAAAUUCGUAAUUAAUACAAAAUUUCUAUAUUAAUUAAGAAAAAUC